AUGUCUUCAUUUACUAUCUUUGCACGUGUUCUGGUGUUGAUGUUACUCUCUGUUACUCUCUCUCAAGGCGCGAAAUUACCCUCGAAAAGAGUCGGGGACAAAGCUACGUGCGUGGCCUGCAACGCAACCUUAACGGAAAUCGGGAAGGAUAUCAGAGACAAGUCUAAGUUUAUCGGUCCGGAAGAAGUAGUCAUUGAAAGCAUGUCGAACGUCUGCUCAGAGGUGAAACGGUUCAUCACGUAUAAUUACCCACCGCCGGAGAUGCAAAACGCGUGCAGAGAGAUCGUAGGCACGUACGAGGAGAAAAUAGAACGGUUGAUGUAUAAAUACGCCAAGACUGUAGAAAAGAAUAAAAAAAAGAAAGGCGAGGAUAGCGAGGAUAGUGGCGGAGAGAACGAAGCGCAAGAGGAAGCGAUGAUGGAUGAUAUAUUCAUGAAAGUGUGUAAACGAGAGGCGUGCAAAGGGAUAGAUUUAGAGACGUACAUGCAAAUUGAAAAGUCGGAAUCUGGUAUGAGAACAAGCGGGAUCGAAGCAACCGGUCAGUUUGCGGACCAAGACGAGUUAUAA